GCUGAGGUAAUGGUUUCUCUGUAGCAGCAAUGUUUGGGUUAUGGCUGGAGAUAACAGGAUACAUGCUAGCCAGGAAAGAGAUUGUUGCUGUGUCUUGUGAGUGUGGAAAGAUUUGUUUUGCGGUCUUUUGUCGAGCAGAGAUGAAGAGGGAAGACGUGUGUGGAGAGAUCUGGUAGACCACUAGACGGUGUGGACUGGGAUCUGAGAGUCCGAAGGUUGGCGACACACAGAGGAGACCGAUGGAAGAAGAAGAAGGACUACUGACUGGGACUGGGGCUUCCCCUACAACUGUGAAUGGAGCUCAGGGAGGCUGGGUCUCCCUACCUGCUAAGAUCCCGGCUGGACCAGACAUUGCUGAGGUUGUGUGGAGACUGUUAUCACCCAGAAAGAAGCUAGUGACAUAUUCAAACAAGAACAUUGAGUAUUACGGACCUGAGGAAUACAAGCGACGGAUAACUUUUCAUCCCGGGGACUUCAGCCUGGAAAUCCGUGAUCUACAGAAACAGGACGCUGGUGAUUAUGAGCUGACCGUUACAGCACGUUCAGGAGAACAGACUCAGAGAGCAAAGCGACUGCAGGUUGAUGACCCAGUGGGGACUGUGAAAGGAGCUUGGGGACAGAGGGUCUCCUUACCUGCUGGGAUCACAUCCGGGCUGGACAUUUCUCAUUUGGUGUGGAGAUCAGUUGGAACCAGAAUAACAGAAUAUGCAAAUAGCACCAUUUUCUACUUUGGUCCUGAGGAGUACAAGCGACGGAUAACUCUUCAUCCCGAGAACUUCAGUCUAGAAAUCAGUGAUCUACGGAGAGAGGACGCUAAAGAUUAUGAGGUGACUGUUACAGCAAGCUCAGGAGCACAGACUCAGAAGGGAAUGCGACUGGAGGUGUUCGACUGGGCGAAGACUGUGAAAGGAACUUGGGGAAUGAAGGUCUUCUUACCUGUUGGGUUCACACCUUGGCAGGGUGUUUCUCAGGUGGUGUGGAGAUCAAACAAAACCAGAAUAGCAGAGAGUGUAAGUGGCAACAUUUCCUACUUCGGUCCUGAGGAGUACAAGCGACGGAUAACUCUUCAUCCCGAGAACUUCAGCCUGGAAAUCUGUGAUCUACGGAGGCAGGAUGCUGGUGAAUAUGAGGUGGAAACUGCUGUGGUUUCUGGAGCUAAUUAUAAGGCGAAAUUGCAACUGGAGGUGGACGAUCCCAAUGACAAACCGUCACACACUGUUUUGAUCAUUGCCGUUGUCGUGAUACUCAUUCUGAUCCUUCUGUGUUGCGGUGUACUCUACAGAAAGCGGGAUGAUCUUCGCUCACACUGGGACAAAUGUAUGGGAAAGAAAUCUGGUACAUCUGACGAUGUCCAGGAAAACAGAGGAGUGACCCAAAGAAUGAAAGACAGUUAUAAAGUUAGAAUCCCAAUGCCCCUGCUCCCCCCUCUCCUCCAGCAAAAAAAGCAUCAGCACCCACUACUGAGCACUCAAGCGUGCAGCAAAGCAUCAAUAAAGACACAGACUUGCAGUACCCCAAAAAUUACAAGUUCUUUCUCUCAGUCAUUUGAUAUACCACAGGCUUUAUCUCUUCCUAGUAAGGGAAAAAGAGAUGUCCUGUUACACAGCGAGAGGGGAGACAUAACAAGCAAUUCACUUAGUUAUGACGUUAAGAGUCUGUUGCUUCGCUUUUCCCAGCUCUGCGCACCAGAGAGUUGGCAUCAGCACGUCCCCAGAGCCAGGUAAAUCCGGAACCUUGAAGGCGCACUUGCCUUUCAGGCCACUUCCUUGGGAUAUCAAAACACGGCCAGUUGUGAGGUCCUGAAAGCGUGUCCAGCCAUAUUAUACAAAGAAACAAUUUCCAUUACUUCUGUCAGACACGCACUGUCUUAGCUCAGCCCAUGUACUGACAAUUGGCUGGCUAUCCGAUGACCUAGUGUUUCCCGACUACAGAAGAGUCCUGGUCAAAAACUAACUGCAUGUGCUAUCUAUUAAAAUUGUGCAUCAGAUAUCAGACAGAAUGUGAAGCCAUAGGUUGUUAGAUCUAAUAUUUUUCUAUAGUCAAAACUCAUUUCACCAGAUGCCAUGCUAGCCUAUUUCCUAAAAUAAAAGCUGAUAGUUUGAGGUGUGUGUGUGUGUGUGUGUGUGUGUGUGUGUGUGUGUGUGUGUGUGUGUGUGUGUGUGUGUGUGUGUAUGUGUGUGUAAAGAGACCAAGACAGAAAGAGGAUGAAAAAGAGAAACGGAGAAACACAAAGAGAAAGAGAGACUGAUAAAGAAGAAGAAAGCUUUGGUAGUUAUAAGUGGUCACUUUGAGUUUGGUGGCAGAUGCCAAAAAGGAUUGUGAUUGAGACUGCAGUGGUUACCGUCCUGUAAUACCUCAAGAGAAAACCGAGCUUUAGACUAGGAUAGUAGUCUUUAAGGAAAGAUUAAAACCUGUGACACACAGUGCAAACACUGUUCCUCUAAGAUGCAUGGUAUGCGGCCAUGUGGUAACUUCAAUUCUCCCGCUUACCUAGCAUUUGUUUGCGCGAAGCUGGAAUUUUCUUUUAUGUAAUGAUAAUAUAAUUUUGAAAUCUUAGAUAUAAUUAUGAAAUGUAAUUAUUUAUGUGUUAAUGAAUGAAAUGCAUACAUUUUCUAAAUAAUAAACAUACUACAACCUUUACUUUGAAACAGUUUAGAGCUUCAAGUAUCGACAUAGUCAGUUACAAGUUAGAAUACUGCUACAAAUUGUAACAACAGACACAGAAUGGAAGUUAGUGUCUCAUUGUUAAUAAAACCCUUAGCCCACUGAAUGACAACACCAUUUAAAUGUUUAGGAAACGUGAAGGAUUUUCUUUGUCAUACUGUAUUUCAUGAUACACUUCAAUAAAUAAAUAAAAUAAGAAAUAUGAGAUGUUUCAGUUUUAGUUCUAAGUAUUCAGAGUAUGCAUAUUGCCAAAGGAAAAAGAAUCUCUUAAGGUUGUUUUCAGGGCAUGUAAUAUUUUCCUGCUCAGAGCAAUGGUUGGUCUGCUGCAGCUGCAAAUAAAAUAAUAGAUGUAUCACUGGAGGUGUCUCCAAAUGUGUCACUUACUGGGAAUGGCAGUGACUGAUCAGAUAGAUGCUUUACUUGACCUAACAAUGAGACAUUUUCCUAUGAUUUAUCUGAAAGC